UGUGUACAAUUAAAUGUUGCCGUUCCACUUUCAAUUCGUUCCGUCGGUCAUCAUAAAUGCCGAGGCGUCGUACUUUUUUUGUUUCAUAUUUUUCGUACAAAUAGUUUGACAAAUCAUUGCAAAAUAACGGCCAAAGCCAAGUUGAGAUAUUAGCGGUGUUUCUUUUUUGUUAUAUUCUUAUCCUACGCGGACGGCAUGGAAGCAUGCAUGGAUCAAGAAAUAAGUAGCAGCGAUGACGCCGGUAACUCUCGCGAUGCAACCGAAAUAGCUCUCGAAAUGGUCAUACCCCCGGCACCCAGGUCAACUGACCCGGAUGCCAGGUCAUCGGAUGCUCCCGAACCAGAUUCGACAUGUUCAGAGUCAGUAUUGAAUGCGCGUAGCCAGAGCCAAUCACCACCCACCAACGAGCCACAAGAAGAUGGAGAUGGUGGUGCAGGUGGUGAUGCUCGUGCCUCACGUUCCAGAAGUCGUAGUCACAGUAGGAAUGGAAGCGAGCCGGCGCGCUCACGAAGCGGCUCCCGUCACAGUCGCUCUCGCUCCAGGUCCCGCAGCCGAUCGGCCAGUGGAUCCAGGCGCUCGCGCAGUGGCUCUGCGCGUUCUCGAAGUGGCUCUCGAAACUCCAAUGCAUCUCGACGUUCGCGCAGCGGUUCUAGACGUUCCCGUAGUGGGUCCCGACGCUCUCGCAGUGGGUCUAAUCGUUCCCGCAGCGGAUCUGGAUCUAGGCGGUCUCGCAGCGGCUCCAGACGCUCCCGUAGCGGUUCCAGACGUUCUCGCAGUGGCUCCAGGCGCUCCCGUAGCGGUUCCAGACGUUCUCGCAGUGGCUCCAGGCGCUCCCGUAGUGGAUCUAAUCGUUCUCGCAGCGGAUCCGGAUCUAGGCGUUCUCGCAGCGGCUCCAGACGUUCACGCAGUGGUUCCAGGCGCUCUCGUAGCGGCUCUAGGCGUUCCCGCAGUGGGUCCAAUCGUUCCCGCAGCGGAUCUGGGUCUGGGCGUUCCCGCAGUGGCUCCAGGCGCUCACGCAGCGGUUCUAGACGAUCUCGUAGCGGGUCAGCGCGCUCCCGCAGUGGCUCCAGACGCUCACGCAGUGGAUCUGGGUCCAGGCGCUCACGUAGUGGUUCGAGGCGCUCCCGCAGUGGCUCCCGUCGUUCUCGAAGUGGCUCCCGUCGUUCUCGAAGUGGCUCCCGUCGCUCUCGAAGCGGCUCCAGGCGCUCACGUAGCGGAUCAGCGCGUUCACGUAGCGGUUCCAGGCGCUCUAGAAGUCGAUCCAACAGUGCUGGCACGCGCCAUCGCGAUGACCGCUCACGCUCGGGCAGUGCUGGAUCCAAGGAGGGUGGGGCCGCCAGACGCAAACGUUUGGCCAUCAGUGACUCUGAAGACGAAGCGCCAAAGGUGCAGAAGAAGCGAGUGAAAAUCACGGACACAGAUAACGAAGAGGAGGAGGAACGGAACAAGUCCCCAGAGAAGGCAGCAGAGAGUUCUGAUGAUGAGAACACACCGAUUUCAAACGAGCCUGACAAUAGCAACUUUAUUUCGGACUUUGACAAAAUGAUGCUGCUGAAGAAGGAGGAGAAGCGCGUACGGCGCCGCCGCAAGGGAGAUAUUGAUAUAAUCAACGAUAUGGACGAUCUGAUUGAUCAGCUUAUCGUGAAUAUGAAGAACGCCUCGGACGACGACCGGCAGUUGAACGUGAUGGGAAAGCCGGCCACCAAGAAGAUUGCCAUGCUAAAGCAAGUGAUGUCGCAGCUGAUCAAGAAGGAUCUGCAGAAUGCUUUCUUGGAGCACAAUAUACUCAAUGUCCUAACCGACUGGCUUGCGCCGCUGCCAAAUAAAAGUCUGCCCUGUCUUCAGAUACGCGAAAGUAUUCUCAAGCUCUUGUCAGAUUUUCCAACCAUUGAAAAGGAUUCAUUGAAACAGUCUGGCAUUGGCAAGGCUGUUAUGUACUUGUAUAAACAUCCACAGGAGACCAAGCAGAAUCGGGAUCGUGCCGGCCGCUUGAUUUCCGAAUGGGCACGCCCCAUAUUCAACCUCAGCUGCAACUUCUCGGCGAUGAGCAAGGAGGAGCGGCAGGAACGUGAUUUGGCGCAGAUGUCGCGGCAUCGCCAUAAGAGCCCAGAUCCACAGCCAGCCUCUAGCAGCAAUGCCCAGUCCCUGAAUCAGACCUUAUCCGGCGAAGAGAAGCCGCUUAGACCUGGUGAUCCUGGUUGGGUGGCUCGCGCCCGUGUUCCUAUGCCAUCCAACAAGGACUACGUCAUCCGCCCCAAGUCAACUGUCGAGGGUGAAAUCUCCAAGACAACUAAGCGUAAGCCAAACCGCUAUGAGAAGCACAUGAAGCGUUUCCUUGACUCGAAGCGUCUGAAGGAGAGUCGCCGCGCCGUGGAGAUAUCGAUUGAGGGCCGCAAGAUGGCACUGUAAGCAGCAAACAUCUUAGCUAACUUUAAUUAAGACAUUAUCCAUUAUCCCAAACAAAUAAAAAACCAACAACACCAUAGA